AUGAGUCUUUAUAUUAAUGCAACAGAGACCUUUGUCGCGAAGUACGUCCCAAUCACGCGGAGUAUGCGUCACAUCGUUGCAUCUCGACAUCUUCAGUCUAUCGAAACCUGUCCACACAGCAUAUCGCAUGGUACUUCUUUGCCAAAGUUAACUUCUUUUGCGCUUUUUGGCAGUCUACCUCCUGAACUCCGCGCUCAAGUUUGGGCCUUUGCUCUCCUAGAGUCUUCUAUGGUAGAGCUUGAAUUUCUACCUUCCAUGAAUACCUUGUCAGGUUCCGAAUCGUCGUUGCCGCCAUGGGGAUUUCGGAAGAAGAUACCGCAAUCCCUUCUUUCGACAUGUGUUGAAUCCAGGGAAGAGGCAUUUGAGUGGCUUCGGCCAUUUGGGUAUUCGAUGGAAACUUUACUUUCUAUAAAUUUUGCGAUCGAUUCAUUAUUUCUCAGAAAUCUGGACUUUGGUUUUGUUCAAGACUAUUGGCCACCAGCCGCGAAUUUUUUCGGGAGUGGUGGCCAUUUGGUGCCUCUCUUGGGCAUUUUUGAGAGUGUAGAAAGUUUGGUGAUUUCUCGAAAAUCAAUUUUGGGUGCAGAAUGCGAAGCAGAAAACAUCAUCCGCCAUUAUUUCCCGAAUCUCUGUUUACUCAUCGUUACUGUCGACUUUCAUUCAAGGGAUGAACUCUCUUUGAACCACCCUUCUCAACUUCUACUACAUCCGGAAAAUGAUCGUCAUAUUUCGGUUUUUGGUUGCGCCGUAUCGACAUGUCAUUGGGACGCUAUCUAUGCGUCAAGGAUAAAAGUAAACAUGCAGAGACGGUUUGCGAGACAGGAAAGAAUUCAUAGAGAGUAUAUUGCGCCCGCCAUCAAGGUUGCGAGCGCCCGUCCCUCCUAA